GCAACAGAACUCGGUCGAAUUGCGUCACAUUUCUAUUGUACUUAUGAUACAAUGCAAACCUAUAAUCAACUACUGAAAGCGACAGCAACAGAAAUUGAUCUCUUUCGCAUCUUCUCACUAUCCUCCGAAUUCAAACAAAUCAUGGUCCGUGAGGAGGAAAAACUGGAAUUGCAAAAACUUGCUGAACAUGUUCCCGUACCGAUCAAGGAAAGCCUGGAAGAAAGCAGCGCAAAAGUUAAUGUACUUCUCCAGGCCUACAUAUCGCAGUUGAAGUUGGAUGGCUUUGCACUUCAAAGUGAUAUGGUGUUUAUUAGCCAAUCGGCUGGACGUUUGUUCCGCGCCUUGUUCGAAAUUGUUCUAUGGAGAGGCUGGGCACAUCUCGCUCAGAAAGUAUUGGGCGUUUGCAAGAUGGUAAAUGCACGUCAGUGGCAGUCGCUCAACCCGCUUCAUCAAUUCAAAAAAAUACCCUCAGAGGUUGUGAGAAGCAUUGAUAAGAAAAAUCUACCGUUCGAGCGUUUGUACGAUCUCGAUCAGCAUCAGCUCGGAGAGCUUGUAAAAUUGCCCAAAAUGGGCAAACCGUUGUAUAAAUUUAUUCGCCAG